AUGCAGGGACUAUCAUCAUCCGAUACUGCCUAUCAAGGGACUAAUACAAAUAACUAUACGGAAGCCUGGCACAAAACAUUGAAAACGAAGUACCUUUUGCCCGCCGAACGACUCCGAAUUGAUGAGCUUACUCAGGUAUUCUGCGACAAUGUCGAGCCUUGGUACCGAAGGGAGGAUCGCCAGGUGAACACCGGUUUCCUCAAACAACGCACCAACAAGUUCCAACAGCGUCCCAAGGAUCGCGCAAAGGGUUUUACCAAAGGCUUUUUGCAGCAAAUCGGGGUCAAGGUUGUCAAGCACAAUGAUUACGCCUGCGGGGCUACCGUGUUGAACUCGUGCCGCCGAUGGGUCUCACAGAAGGACGAUUGGUUGCCUGCGACUAGCGAGCCCCCAGUAGCCACCAGCCACAUCCUUACACGACUUCAAACACACAGGCUGUUAUUGAAAUCAACAGCGACUGAUAUCGAAGUUAUCAAUCAAUCGAGCACGAACUUACCAGCAACACUUAAGCGAUCCAACUCGGAGGCCUUUUCACCGGGUGACACUGGCGACCUCAAGAGGAUCCGCCUCCCCACAACUGAAUUCACCUCCGCUCACCCGGCUUUCCUACCCACUGGUGUCAGACCUAUCGCGCCUGAGGCCGACAGCACAGCUGCACCGUCAGUACCAACUAAUGAACCACAGGCCCCUCACGAGAUCAUAGCAGCCAGCCUCAAAUCUGCAACCGUGGCUCUCAAGCGUGCGAUCAACGCACUAAAAAAGAAAAAGGCUCGACUCGAGAUGGUUAAUAGGUUGUCGGCUUCCAUUAUGAAUUGGUUUCAAGUAACAUCGCAUACUCUGUUACAAUCAGUCGAGGAACAGCUGCCUGGGCGUCGUCACACGACUACACCGUCUUUUCCGGGUGUUGAAAAUACCGGUCGGAUAAGUGGUUUGGAAGUCGCUGUCCUGGUAGGAGAGCUUCAGGAUGUAGGUCGGCAAGCAUUGACUCAGUUGGACGGGCUGUUGCGGAUAGCGAAGAAUUCAAAGGCAUUUGUAGCAAGCUCGACAGAACCAUCAACGGACUUAUUCAAGGAACGUUGUUACGAGAUUGUGGGUAUUAUCGAGGAGGCGGGAGUUUUGGCGCCCAGGGUGCAAGUACGAUAA